UUUUGUUAACAUCGUAAACAAACUAAAUUCCUGUAAAAAUAACCUUGUAACUAACAUCCAAAUGGCUUGAACUUCACAAGAAAUAAUCAUGAAAUACGCGAAAAUCGUCCUAACCUUACUAUUAUGUUCUUCAACGUACAUAGGAGACUAUAUAGUGUUUAAAUCCAAGUUUUCUUCAUCGCAAGUGUUUCGGGCAUUUUCGGACAGUGCCGUUCAUGCUACUAUAGGAUUCCUGUCUUCAUUGGUAUUCUUUAGCCAUGAGACUAGUGUUACGGGCCACGCAAAACUGAUGAACGUUAUAUUUUGUACGUUUAUAUCUAGUUUUAUAGACAUAGAUCAUGUCAUGGUGGCCCGGUCUUUACAUUGGAAGGAUCUCACCACCCUCAAGCAGCGAGGCAUAUUCCACUGCACAACCUUCUGGCUCCUCGUCACAAUACCUCUCCUAAUCUACAGCCACAUAUAUAAAAAACUAAACAUAUACAUCUUAACCUGGAUGCUUAUGCUAGCUUACACAAGCCACCACAUACGAGACGCAAACCGGAGAGGACUCUGGUUGUAUCCGUUUGGACAUACGUCUCCGCUGACUAAGUAUAUGUAUGUGUGUUUAACGGUGGUGUUGCCGCAUCUAUUUGGGUUGCUGAGUAGGCAUUGGAGGCCUAUGUUACUGAAGGAUACUACUGUGGAAUAUAUGCUGGUGUAAAACUGUUACAUAUAACCAAAUGAUAGAAGAUAUUUUCCACCAAAUGGAAAAAAAAAUGGACAGGGGCGAGCAACUAUUUGCAAGAUAAUAUUUAUGUGAGAUAAAGUCAACAAAGAGUUAAUAUAUUACAAAUCCGCAGACCCCAGUUAAGAAGCACUGUUCUGGAGCUAUUCACAGGUAUUUAAGUAUCUUCAUUUACAAGGAAGUUGUAAAAAAAGUCACACUACAAAAACCGAUUUAUUAAAUAUCACAAAUAAAAUCACAAUACAUACGGGGUGUCCCAGA